CCAAUUCCCUCUGCCUGGUUUUGCUGUUUGUGGUGUCAACCAGGACAACAGUUGCUUUGUUUUUCCAAAUCACAGGAAAAGGAGUCACUGUCAAUCCUGGUGCUGGUAUGGCAUCCACCACAAAGGUGGCUUUGCCAGGCUCUCCCAGACACUGCAGGAGCACCAAUGAUACUGUAUAUAAAGAUACUAAUUACCCUUAUAUUGCUGUUCGUCAGGUGAAACGGGCACCACAGGGCUCAGGGAGCAUUCGGCUUUGUUGGCGUGUUGGGGUGGGCUGUUGGCGUCCACCUGACCUGGGGGUCUCAGAGCUGUCUGGGACACUGGCGUGGGAUGGAGUUGUCUAUCCUGAGGGCCCUGUGCCUGCUGAGAGCCAGCGGGAGACAGCAAGUGCCCGGGGAGCAGAGCUGUAGCUCAUCUCCUUCAUGUGCUGGAGCACUUGCUGGAGACUUCGGAGCCCUCCAGCGUUGUGGGCGGUGUGUGAAUUUGGUUUUCUGCUCUGCAGUGGGUGUGAAGAGACUGAAUUCUCAUCAGCAUUUUCAUUACCUUAAUAAAAUGACUUCAGGGCUGUUAAGCUCUUUUGCAGAAAAAGAAGCCAUAAUUACAUGUUUCAGGAGCUUCUCCUUCCCCCGAAAGCCAGAAGAGCGCAGCCCGCGGGUCUUGCUUCCAUGGCCGCUCAUGAAGUUCACAUUGAGGAGCUUCUCCAAGAGCCUGGAGCAGAUGGCUGUAGGAAUCGGCUCCACCUUAAGAUCAAGGUGAAUGCCGCACCCUCUGGAAACCGAAGUUGUUAGCAACGUUGCUUGUGCCCUGCCACGAGGGAAAAGUUGCUGCCAUAAAGAUCCCUCCUUAGCUCUUCAGCCUGGUACAGUGCAGAGAUCCUGGCCACCGAGCACUGAGCCUCCACGCACGUGGAUUUUGGAAGGGCUGCAGAGAACAAGAACGUGCAGCUGCAGGACAGGACUGAGAGGCUGUACCAGCUCGGAGACCUGCAGGAGAGGAUGGAGAAGGUGCCUGGCUCCAAAACUGAUUUGUCAGCCAGAAUGGUCUUCAGUGAAGAGGAAAAACUGAAGAUUUCCAAAGAUCUCAUUGAUCUCCAGAUCGAAACCAACAAAAUGAAGGAGCAGUAUGAGACAGAGAACUUUGAAUUGAAAAAUAAGAUCCUGGCCCUGGAGGACCGCGUGCUAGAGCUGGAGCGCUGCAGUGAGAAGGUGACAGGGGAGCGGGAUGCCUUACAGGAACGUCUGCAUGCUUUGGAGAGCAGUCGGAAGGAGUUGGCGGAUGAGUACAUCAUUUUAAAAAGCAAUUACCUGGCCUUAGGCAAAGAACUGGACCAGGAGGUCAUGAAGAACGAAGAGCUCAGCCUUGAGCUGCUCAACCUGGCCAAUGCCAAGAGCACCUUUCCCCGCACAGAGCGUAACCACCCGCCCGCCAUGGUCAAUGAAUCCUCCACCGGGCUGGAAAAAGCGCAAGCGAUGGUGCGCCGUCUCUCAGCUCGGAUGAAGCCAGAAGACGUAGUCGCCUCUGAACAUGAGCGGCAAAUGCUGGAGAGAAACUUGCUUGGAAACGAAGAUCACAUAAAAGAGGAGCUCGAAAAACUGAAGAAAACCUACAAUUCGCAGCAGCAGAAGCUGGAAGAGAGAGUGAUCGCGAUGGGGAAGGAGCUGCAGGAGGCGAAGGGAGCAAUUGGAGACACCCAGCACAAGCUGGCAGAGCAGACAGCGGUCCUGCUCACCUCCCAGAGCCAGCUCCGAGAGGUGGAGGUGGAGAACUCCCAGCUGCAGCUCCGCCUGAAGGAGCUGAACGAGGAAUAUCGCUCGCGGCUCACGCAGUACAUCAAGGACCUGGCGGACUACAUGGACAGCAAAUCCAGCACCGGAACAGGGCCUAGCAAAGCCCCAGCUGAUCAUGCUCACAUGAAACGCUUUGUGGACAGCAUGCUGAAGGAUAUCAGGGCUUCCUACAAGUCCCGUGAAGAGCAGCUGGCUGCAGCGGCACGUGGCUACAAGAAACGCAUGAAGAACCUGGUCAAAAAGCAUGAGAACCUACUGAUUGCUUACGGGUUCCAGCGGGAGCAGAUCCGGUCCUCAGGCAGCAGCGCUGUGGAUUGUGGCCCUCCUGAGCUCCACUUCUCCAUCACAGACCCUGAGCUGCUGACAAACACAACCCGGGAGCUAAACCGGCUGCGGGAGGAUAAAGCAAAACUGGAGAUGGAGUUACACCAAUUGCAGAAGAAAAGACUGAAAGAAGCAUCUGCAUUUCUGCUGUCUCCUGAGCAGCAGCUGCAUGAGGAGAGCUGGGGGGAGGUCACGAAGCAGCUCCGGGACUUCGCACGCAACAUCCAGGAGGAUUUGGAGCAGGAGAGAAGCCAGCUGCUGACUCGGGCGGUAGUGGCAGAAGAACAGGUGUCGGAGCUGCAGGAAUACAUAGAAAAGCAUCUUGCAAGGUACAAGCAGGAGAUCCUCCGGCUGAGGAAAGCUGCUGGCAGUGAGGUGCCACGCGCAGUCAGCGCUGGGGUGGCUGAUGCUCAUGCCCUGCCCAGAGCCAGAAAGACCACCAGCCACCAACCAUAGUUCUUCAAGACACAGCGGGGCCCGUUGCAUGGACUGGCCGGGCAAGGAUCCUUCCCCGAGAAUAACCAGCGAGAGAAACCAUGUGGGUGUUCUCAGUCUCAAAUUAAGAGUACUAAAAUGGGAGAAGACAACUGCGUCUCAUCUCCUCAUCUGGAGUAUUGUGUCCAGUUCUGGAAUUCUCAGCAUAAGAAGGAGAUGCACCUGUAGGAAUGGGUCCAGAGGAGGCUACAAGGAGGAUCCUGGAGCGUCUACCAUAUGAGGACAGGCUGAGAGA